AUAUUUCAUGUUUUUAUGUCUGAAUUUUUAGCACUCAGUGUUUGGAAAUGGAAAUUCAAUUCUAGGAAAUGUUUUCAGCAAUUACCAUAUGUCUUUACCUCUUAACAAAGUGCUGCUUAUGUGGAUGAUAAUGUAAAGGUUGUGUAGGAAAUAAUGUCUUACCAAAACACACAGCCACAACAGCUCAUACACAUUGUUUUCACACUUCAUCAAGCUCAAAUCAAAAUGAAGGAAAGAAAAAUCCAAAUGAAAAUGACAAAGAUGAUAAGAUUCCCAUGUUUCCACGUCUUUUCAUUUGGGUUGGAAUGAUUGUUGCUAGCUACACAAUGCUUCGACUUAUAAGUGGGACCGAUUCUAGUGUGUAUCAUUUCAUCUCGUGGAAUGAGUUUUACCAUGACAUGUUGGCUAAAGGUGAGGUUCAAGAAGUGGUCAUCCAUCCUGAAGGUGAAAUGGCAAUUAUUCGGAUAUAUGAAGGUGCUAUAAUCAAAGGAAAACCAGCUGACUCUAAUUUAUUUGCUAUGAAAAUCCCUGAUCCAAAUAAUUUUGAAGAGAAGAUCAGAAAAGCUGAAAAAGAUCUCCAUAUCGGGAAUUCAGAUAAAAUUUCAGUUUCUUAUCACCGAGAUAGUUCUUGGACGCCUUUGAUUUUCAUGGGUAUUAUUACACUAGUUGUGUUCCUACUUGCACGCAACAUGACUAAAGUGACUUCUUUUCCAAACCCAUCUGACAUGUUUGCAAAUGAGCGGAAAGCAAGGUAUGUAAGAGUUGAUGCACUUGGUCAGAAAGCCAAGAAAGUUAACUUUAAAGAUGUGGCUGGUUUAAAAGAAGCUAAAAUGGAAAUUAUGGAAUUUGUUGACUACCUCAGAUCCACCAAAAGAUUUAAGGAUCUUGGUGGGAAAAUUCCAAAAGGAGCUUUGUUGUUAGGACCUCCAGGAUGUGGUAAAACCCUGCUAGCUAGGGCUGUAGCUACUGAAGCUAAGGUUCCAUUUCUGGCUUUGGCUGGAUCAGAAUUUGUGGAAGUUCUUGGAGGCCUUGGUGCUGCUCGUGUUAGAGACCUCUUUAAAGAAGCCCGAAAGAAAGCUCCUUGCAUCAUCUACAUUGAUGAAAUUGAUGCUAUUGGACGGAAAAGAGGAGGCAGCCAGAUGGGUUCUAAUGUUGAAGAAGAACAUACGCUGAACCAACUUCUUGUAGAAAUGGACGGCAUGGGCACUCAGGAAGGUGUUAUAAUGAUAGCUGCAACUAAUAGAGCAGACAUUUUAGAUAAGGCUCUGUUACGACCUGGUCGAUUUGACAGACACAUCACAAUUGAUUUGCCAACCCUGAUGGAACGACUUGAAAUUUUUGAAAUGUAUUUGAAAAAGUUAAAAUUAUCUGAAGACCUAAAUAUUAGUUCUUUAAAAUUGGCUCAGCUCACGCCUGGAAUGACUGGAGCUGAUAUUGCCAAUAUUUGCAAUGAAGCGGCUCUCCAUGCCGCUAGAUAUGGCAAGAAGGCAGUCGACAGAGUGGAUUUCGAUUAUGCAAUUGAAAGAGCAGUUGUAGGUGUGGCAAAGAGAAGUAGGCUAUUAUCUCCUAAUGAAAAACAUGUUGUGGCUUAUCAUGAAUGUGGACAUGCUUUGGUUGGCUGGUUAUUAAAAUAUACUGAUGCCCUCUUAAAGAUAUCAAUAGUUCCCCGAACAAACAGUUCAAUGGGAUUUAUUCAGUACACACCGUCUGACCAGAAACUUUAUUCUACAGAGGAGUUAUUUGAAAGAAUGUCUAUGGCUCUCGGUGGACGAGCAGCAGAAGCGAUUAUUUUCAACCAUGCCACUACAGGUGCUCAAGAUGAUCUGAAAAGAGUAACAAAAUUAGCGUAUGAUCAAAUCCAAUCUUAUGGCAUGAAUAAACGUCUUGGAUAUUUGUCAUUUCCAAAUGAACAAGAAAAGGGGAUGAAAACAAAACCAUACAGUAAGAAAUUAGCAGCAUUAAUUGAUGAGGAAGCAAAGAAACUUGUCGCUCAAGCUUACCAACAUGCUGAGAAUGUUCUCAUGAAGAACAAAGAUAAACUUCAUGUGCUAGCAAAAGCUUUAUUAGAGAAAGAAGUAUUAACCUAUGAAGAUAUUGAAUUAUUAAUUGGUCCACCUCCAUACGGAAAGAAAGAAACCAUAGAACAGAAUAUUCUGGGAGGGAAAGACACUCCCUGAAUGGAACAAUCCAAAGACUAGAGACCAAAUUUUCUUAGCCUGUUUGUUAUGAAGUGUUUUAAAUAUAGGAAUAAAAUUUAUUUAUUUAAGAAAAA